CGAGUGACUUUUCAGGCCAUGAUCAUCUCCAAUGGGGAGACAUCCUAUGUUUUCUACAUAUAUGCUCAAGGGGCCAUGAACUUCAACCCAUACUCCUCUCGGCGAGUCCAGGUUUGUGUCAAUGGUAUCAACCUGGACACCAGUAGAAAUAACUUUUACAAGUUUGACAGAGUCAUUGGCAACACAGGUAAUAUUGGUCUCUGGAUCUAUAAGCUGGGGUAUGUUCCCAACUAUGCUGCAAAGUGCCACCAGUGGUUUGAGUCUAACAUAAAAACUCUCUUUGGUAUUUAUCAGUGGAACCAGAUUGUUCCUGCCUGCCCCUGUUCUGAGAUUGCUGCCCGGUGGAGUUUUCAGUGGAUCCCUUCAUACCAGCAGUUUGGGUGCUAUGAUUCGUUUCCUCAAUUUGGUCAGAUUGGGAGACGAUGCUGCUACACAAGAUGGGGAAGCUUUGAGAACAGAAUGCCUCUGUCUGGAAACCUUCAGAUGUUUACUCCGUUUUAUUACUUUUCUGGUUACAACCAUGAAUUAUCCGAUACUGCACCCAAAGAGUGGUGCUGUUAUCGGUCAAAUCUCUGUCAUUUAUAUUAUACUGCCAGGCCUGUUCGAAGUUGCCAGCCAAGAUUUACCUGGCGAG